AUGGCUGAAACGUACGAUUACGAAGUUGUUGAAGAAGUGAAAGAAGAUUUCUAUUGUGUUAUUUGUCUUAACCUGAUGAAAGAAGCGAUGCAGUUGAAAUGUGGUCAUGGAAUGUGUAAAAGCUGCUUGGACGAUUUAAGAAAUAACAGCAGAAAAAGAGGCGUUGCAUUCAUCUGUCCUAGUUGUCGUGAUGAAAUUGACAGCAAAGAGCUUAAAUGCAAAUUUGAUAAGUCUUUAGUAAAUAUGCUGACGAAGGGGGAAGGGGAAGGGGAGGGACGCAGGCUGAUUUGCCCUUUUCUCACUCUGGAAUUUCGAAAGUUGUUGUGCAGUAAUGACAUGACCAAAAUAAUUGCAUAUGGCAGCAUUUUUGCUAAAGAGUUCAUCCAAUUUGAGGAAACAAUACAUCCGGUGAUAAUGAUAAAUAGAAUAAUUUCAUCUGUUAAAGUCAAAUGCGAAAAUUCAAAAAAAGGAUGCACAUGGAUUGGAGAGCUUGGUAACCUAAAGGACCAUCUAAAUAUGGAAUGCAGCUUUUACCCCAUUUCUUGCUCGUUUAAACACUGUGAAAAAAAGAUUGAACGAUACGCACUUGCAGAUCAUCAGAAUAUUUGCCCAUACAAAACUGAAACAUGUUGUUAUUGCAAAUUCGUAUGCUUAAGUUCGGAGUUACCGGAACAUUACCAUACAUGUGAGAGAUACCCUGUAAAAUGCCCGAAUGAAUGUUCAGAUGAAUUGAUGGAGCAACAAGUGAAUGCGCUAGUUGCAGUUGCUACAACGAAGGCAAUCCAGGCCACGUCUUGUUGGGUGUUUUGGGUUUAUCUCAAAUUAGUGCAUCGUUUAAGAUUUGAUCUAACCAAACAACCUAUCAAAUCUGCUGUAAACCUUGACAAGUUCAACGUGUGCAAGUCUUGUGAGGAAGAUGUUAAGUAUCACCGCCGUAUGUGUAGCAAAGAAAUAGUGAAAUGUGAAUUUUCUUCAUUUGGAUGCGAUUUUAUGGUGCUACCAAACGGCUCCAUUAUCCAGGGAACACAAGACGUUUUUCAACGUUGA